ACCAUGAGAUGUCGCAAAGGGAAAACCAUUGCUAAAAGUGCCCCCAGUGAAUAUCCAAAAAUAUCAUUUUUUCAGCUGUUUCGAUAUGCAGAUAAGAAAGAUAUACUUGCCAUAGUCGCGGGGACUAUUUUUGCAGCAGCAGUUGGCACAGCAGUUCCCCUAAACAUAUUUAUAUUUAGUGGUGUUGUGAAUGAAUUCACUGCACCAUCAAUUGUAGCGGAAAGCAUAUACGGUUCUGUAAAAUGGUUUGCCGUUUUGGGAGCAUGCAUGUUUGUUGCUGCAUUUUUUCAAAACUUCUGCAUGAACAUCUCCUCAAGCAGGCAAAUCAACCGAAUCCGUCUUUUGUAUUUCAAGAGUAUUUUGCGGCAGGAUAUCCCAUGGUUUGAUGAACAGUCCUCUGGAGCACUAAUCAGUAAGCUAUCUCAGAAUAUUGAUCUCAUUGAAACUGGGAUCGGACCAAGAUUUGGAGAAUUUAUAAAAUAUAUAUCUGGAUUCAUAGCGGGCAUUGUAAUAAGCUUUGCUGAAGGAUGGAAACUGACUCUUGUUGCAUGUGCAAUGUUACCUAUUAUUACUGCUGUCUUUGGUUGCUUUGGAUUUACCAUGAAAUAUUUCACAACCAAAGAAAUGGCUGCAUAUGCUCGCGCAGGUUCAAUUGCUGGAGAAGUAUUAGAGUCUGUACGGACUGUUGUCGCAUUCGGUGGAGAGAAAAAAGAAUCAGAAAGGUAUAGAGAACAAUUGGGUUUGGCUGAAAAAGUUAGCAUUCGAAAGUCAACGGCAACUGGUGGAGUGAAUGGUGCAAUAGGAUUGACAAUAUACUGUUCCUCUGCUUUGAUAUUUUGGUAUGGUAUUAAAUUAAUCAUAGAAGAAAAUUAUAAAUCUGGAUCAGUUAUCCUGAUAUUUAUUAACGUUCUUCUUGGAAGCAUCUUUCUUGGCAAUGCUUUACCUAGUUUUCAAUAUUUCAUGAAUGCUCAAGCGUCUGCCGUUGAAAUUUAUGGUACAAUCGAACGCGUUCCAAAUAUUGAUAAGAAUCGUCCUGGAAGUCUUAUUCCAGAAUUUUCUGGAAAUGUGGUAUUCAAUAAUGUCUCGUUUGUAUAUCCAAGCCGACCAGAUAUUACAAUUCUUAAGAAUUUUUCUCUUACAAUCAAAAGUGGUCAAACUGUGGCACUUGUUGGACCAAGUGGUUCCGGUAAAAGCACAAUCGUUCAUAUGCUGCAAAGAUUUUAUGACCCAGUGGAAGGCGAGGUACUAAUUGAAGGUGAAAAUAUAAAGAAUCUCGACCUUAAAGCUUACCGUAAUCAGAUUGGAUGUGUACAACAAGAACCAAUACUUUAUGAAGGAACUAUCAGUGAUAAUAUUAGAUUAGGAAAACUGGAUGCAACACAAGAAGAGAUAGAAGAAGCAGCAAAACUAGCCAAUGCUCAUGAUUUUAUAAAAAGUCUUCCUGAUGCAUAUGAAACUUUUGUAGGUGAACGAGGUGGUGGAAUGUCAGGUGGUCAAAAACAACGUAUUGCUAUAGCCAGAGCAUUGAUAAGAAAGCCAAAACUAUUGUUGUUAGAUGAGGCAACAUCAGCUCUUGAUACAAAAUCAGAAAAUAUUGUUCAAAAAGCUUUGGAUAAAGCAAGUGCAGGCAGAACUUGUGUAGUUGUCGCUCAUCGGUUAACUACAGUUCGUAACGCAAAUUUAAUAAUUGUACUUGAUAAAGGAGUAGUUCGUGAAUCUGGUACUCAUGAUGAACUUGUGGCUAAGAAAGGCCUCUAUGCUACAAUGCUGAAUAAUCAGGGAAUAUCUGAAAAAGCUGAAAAUGAGGACACCGAGGAUACUGAAGACGACGGUCUUGGAAACGGUUUUCCGAAGACACCUGAAAAUGUUUGGAGACUUGAAGAUGAACGUGAUAAUAUGUCGGAGAGUACUGGAAGCCUACCUCGUAGAAGCUUCUCGCACAGUUCAGUGGUUACGCUGACACGUAAUAAACUGAAAAGAUUGAAAAAGUCAGCCACAUUCAGAUUAUUAAAGCUCAAUAGGCCUGAAAUACCACUGAUAAUUGCAGGAUGCUUUUGUUGUCUUGUAAGUGGAACCUCACAGCCUGCAUUUGCAAUUCUCUAUUCUGAGGUGUACGAUAUAUUUACUUUGAGAUCGAAUCCAGAUCUGAUGUAUAGUCGUAUUAGUCUUAUUAGUGGAAUGAUGGUACUACUUGGCGUUUUGCGGUUUGCAGCUAAUCUAGGCCAGGGAUUUCUAUUCGGGAAAUCAGGUGGUAUACUAAUCAGGCGUAUACGUUCCAUGGUUUUUGAUGCAAUGUUACAUCAAGAGAUUGCAUGGUUUGAUGAACCUGAGAACCAGGCAGGAGCAUUAACUGCAAAACUUGCUACAGAUGCAUCAAGAGUGGCAAUGAUUUCAGGUUCACAAAUGGGAUUUUUUGUCGAAUCGCUAUCUUUGAUAAUUAUGUCACUUGUCAUUGCAUUUAUUUACAGUUGGCAGUUGACACUUCUUAUACUGGCCUUCUAUCCAUUAAUUGUUAUUGGAGGAAUUUUUCAGAUGCAGGCAAUGUCAGGAAAAGGUGACGACAAAAAGGCCAACAAUUCAAUGAGAACAGCACAAGAAGCCAUAGGAUCAAAUCGUACACUCACUACACUUACACUGGAAGAUUACUUUUAUGAAAUUUUUAAAUCUUAUGCAGUUGAGAACUAUAAGAAGAAUUUGAAGAAGUCUAUUUUAUAUGCACUGAUGUAUGCGCUUACUGAGUCUGUACAAAUGUUUUCAUAUGCCGCCGCAUUCGCACUUGGUGCAAAUUUGGUUUCAACAAAUACAAUAACGCUACUGGCUGUAUUCCGGGUCUUUGCAACUAUCACUUUGAGUGCACAGUCUCUUGGCCGUUCAGCGUCAGUAUUUCUAGAUGCUAAAUCGGCCAAAGUUGCUGCAGAAAAUAUUUUAGCCCUUCUAGACAGACAACCACAUAUUCCAAUUAACUCAGGGAUUAUUCCAACGACUCCGUUCAAAGGGAAAGUUUCAUUCAAACGUGUUUAUUUCAAAUAUUCUAACCGAUCUGAAAGACCAGUUUUAAAGAAUUUCUCACAUACUGUUCAACCUGGUCAAACAGUAGCUUUGGUUGGACAUUCUGGAUGCGGAAAGUCAACUUUAUUACAGUUGGUAUUAAGAUUCUAUGAUCCAUCAUAUCAUGGUCCUGAUAGUGGGAUAUUCUUUGACGAUUUAAAUAUUAGAAAUCUUUCACCAAGUUGGGUUAGACAACAGAUUGGUCUUGUAUCUCAAGAACCAACUUUAUUUGAUCUGACAAUAAGGGAAAAUAUUGCAUAUGGAGAUAAUACUCGAGAAGUAACAAUGGAUGAAAUUAUCGAAGCAGCACGUGCAGCCAAUAUUCAUGAAUUUAUAUCAACACUACCAAGUCAAUAUGAAACACUUGUUGGGCAACGUGGAUCAAAGCUUUCUGGUGGGCAGAAGCAAAGAAUAGCCAUAGCAAGAGCAUUGGUUCGCAAACCUGCCUUACUUCUCCUGGACGAAGCCACCUCUGCAUUAGACAACGAGAGUGAGCGUAUUGUUCAAGAAGCUCUUGAUGCUGCUAUGGGUUCAAGAACAUCGCUAGUUGUUGCUCACCGAUUAUCAACUGUUGUCAAUUCUGAUUUAAUUGUAGUUUUACAAGAUGGACGUAAGAUAGAAGCUGGACCACCAGGAGCUCUGUUAGAAAUUAAAGGAGCUUUCUAUGCACUACACCAUAUGGAAAACUAACACAUAUGAACUUAUUUGUUUAGCUUUUCACAUGUUUUUGAUAUUUCUUAUUUUAUAUCUGAAAAAGCUUGGUUGCUUUAGUACAACUGAGAAG